AUGCUCACAGUUGUAUUUCUUGGAAUUACACAUGUGAAGAGUACUAGAGGUUCAUUCUUUCGGGCAAAAUACACGGGAGCUGGUGCUGCAGAAUCAUACGGGAAUGGUAACUGUUAUACUUCCGCUAAAUGGACUGAUCCAUCCACAUUUAUGAAGUUUCCUAGUGGUACAGUAUUCUUCAUUGUUCCGGGGUUCUAUAUCGGAUGCUAUAUCAUCGAAUCACUACUUCAAUCCGAUCUUCGAUGCUUUUAUGACCAAAGUUGUCUAACUCAGUUACUUUUCUAUAUAUCUCCGUCGGCACCGCUGAACUUAAUCGCUCUUGACAAGUCAUUGUUAGUUCGCUCCUUUGUAAACUCCACAAUAGAAAAUCUUAUGAAUCAGCUAAUGGUCGAGCAAUGGACUCCGUCACCGAUGUUUGAGAAUUAUUAUAGCGAAUGCAUGCCAACAAAAUGUGCUUAUACCAUCGAAACAAAGAGCACGAUUAUUUAUAUCAUCACAGUAGUCAUUGGAUUAAUCGGUGGUUUGACCACAGCUCUGAAGUUGAUAGUGCCACGAUUGGUGCAGUUCAUUGCGUUUUGUAUCCGAAAAUGGCGAACAAAACGUCAUCGAAUCAUGCCAAUCAUCGAGCAAUAA